CACUCCAAUGUGUCUAAUGUCUGAAGCCGUUACAGCCUCUCAACGCCUACCUUUAGCUUUAAUAUUAUAACCUUAUCGUAGUUCAUAUAUGUGGGAAAACCACCAUUCUUGCAAUCGGUUAAAGAGAUGACACGGUCUGACUUGAACACGAGAGCUGUGGAAGAUAUCGCCAAUUGAGAGGUUUUUGUCCAAGUAGGGGCUGAAAGUUGUUUCCGAGGACAAAAGCGCUAUGAUGCGCUUCUGAGGAUAUCACGAUCACAUGGGCUCCUAUCCUGUGCUGACCCAAUGGUUUAAUCACCAGGACUAAAAAUGAGCAUAAGCAGUGAUGAGGUUAAUUUCCUGGUUUACAGAUAUCUGCAGGAGUCUGGCUUCUCUCACUCUGCGUUCACCUUUGGCAUAGAGAGCCACAUCAGUCAGUCCAACAUCAAUGGAGCCUUGGUGCCCCCUGCUGCCCUCAUUUCCAUCAUUCAGAAAGGCUUGCAGUAUGUGGAGGCUGAAGUCAGCAUCAAUGAGGACGGCACCUUAUUUGACGGGCGGCCAAUCGAGUCCUUGUCUUUGAUUGAUGCCGUAAUGCCAGAUGUGGUCCAGACCAGGCAGCAGGCCUACAGAGACAAGCUGGCCCAGCAGCAGGCGGCAGCGGGCAGUGGCAGCAGCACGGGGCCACAGGGAAGCACCAAGAACGGAGAGGGCGCUGCCAACGGGGAGGAAAAUGGAUCCCACGCCUUAGCCAAUCACCACUCGGAGAUGAUGGAGGUAGACAGGGAUGUGGAGAUCCCCCAGAGUAAAGCCAUGGUCUUGAGGGGCCACGAAUCGGAGGUUUUUAUCUGUGCCUGGAACCCAGUGAACGACCUCCUCGCCUCUGGGUCCGGGGACUCGACAGCACGGAUCUGGAACCUGAGCGAGAACAGCACAGGCGGAUCCACCCAGCUGGUUCUGAGGCACUGCAUUCGGGAAGGGGGCCAGGACGUACCCAGCAACAAAGACGUCACCUCACUAGACUGGAAUAGCGAGGGGACAUUACUAGCAACCGGCUCAUAUGAUGGCUUUGCUAGGAUAUGGACAAAAGACGGUAACUUGGCCAGUACUUUGGGUCAGCAUAAAGGCCCUAUAUUUGCACUCAAGUGGAAUAAGAAAGGAAACUUUAUCCUUAGCGCUGGUGUGGAUAAGACGACAAUUAUUUGGGAUGCACACACGGGAGAGGCGAAGCAACAGUUUCCUUUCCAUUCAGCGCCCGCUCUGGAUGUCGACUGGCAAAGCAAUAACACAUUUGCCUCGUGUAGCACAGACAUGUGCAUCCAUGUGUGUAAGCUGGGCCAGGACAGACCUGUGAAGACCUUCCAGGGACACACGAAUGAAGUGAACGCCAUAAAGUGGGAUCCUACUGGCAGCUUGCUGGCCUCCUGCUCCGAUGACAUGACCCUAAAGAUCUGGAGUAUGAAGCAGGAUUUGUGUGUCCAUGACCUCCAGGCCCACAGUAAAGAAAUCUACACCAUCAAGUGGAGCCCCACAGGCCCUGGGACCAACAAUCCCAACGCCAGCCUCAUGCUGGCCAGUGCGUCGUUUGACUCAACAGUGCGUCUGUGGGACGUGGAGCGGGGCGUGUGCAUCCACACUCUGACCCGCCACCAGGAGCCCGUCUACAGCGUGGCCUUCAGCCCAGACGGCAGGCACCUGGCCAGCGGCUCCUUUGACAAGUGUGUCCAUAUCUGGAACACUCAGACGGGUGCUUUAGUCCACAGCUACCGAGGGACAGGUGGGAUCUUUGAAGUGUGCUGGAACGCCACAGGGGACAAAGUAGGAGCCAGCGCAUCUGAUGGAUCGGUAUGCGUACUAGACCUGAGAAAAUGACACUCAUCGGGGGGGAGCCAUGGACCGACUACGAAUGUGUACAUAGCCAAAAUGACUGUCCCUGCCUGUCCGCCACACUGCUGUAGUCCCACAGAUGCCAUGGCCCGCUGUUACAGCCAACUGGAGCACGCCCUCCAUCAGACAUAGACCCAAGGACCACACCAUGGCAACAAACAGUUUAUAUGCAAAUGCAUCAGAUAUGCCAGGUCUGCAUGGACAUCAGUCUUUGCUCCUCAGACCUGCAGGAGUUAAACAUUUCUUUGUUAUCACACAGUAUAAAUGUGUCACCACAAGCAAACCAAAA